AGACACACAAACACACACACACACAUCAGCUGGCAUGGAUGGAUGUUUUAUUUCCCGGUGCAGUACAGGAUAUUGGGGUUUUGGUGUUGACCAAGCUUUCAGUACAAGGGUGAACUUGGGUCUAUCACCCAGGCCAGUGCGGCAGCAGGGAUGAACUGGUCGGGGCUAGAGAGUCUGUUGAGUGGAGUCAAUAAAUACUCCACCGCAUUCGGGAGGAUCUGGCUGUCCAUGGUGUUCGUGUUCCGUGUGCUGGUGUUUGUGGUGGCAGCGCAGAGGGUCUGGGGUGACGAGAACAAAGACUUUGUGUGUAAUACCAAACAGCCUGGCUGUACCAAUGUCUGCUACGACCACAUCUUCCCCAUCUCCCAUAUCCGCCUGUGGGCACUGCAGCUGAUCUUCGUCACCUGCCCGUCUCUGAUGGUGAUGGCUCACGUUAAAUACCGCGAAGGGAAGGACAGGAAAUAUGUGGAGCAACACCAAGGCUCUCACCUGUAUGCCAACCCUGGCAAGAAGAGAGGGGGACUGUGGUGGACUUAUCUGCUUAGUUUGGUCUUCAAAGCUGGAUUCGACAUAUCAUUUCUCUAUAUUCUGUAUCGGAUAUACCACGGAUAUGAUCUGCCAAGGUUAUCUAAGUGUUCACUGGCCCCAUGCCCCAACACCGUUGAUUGCUUCAUUAGUCGUCCAACAGAGAAAAAGAUCUUCAUGCUGUUCAUGGUUGUAUCCAGCACGUUGUGCAUCUUUAUGUGUAUUUGUGAGAUGAUAUAUCUCAUCGGCAAGCGCAUCGCCAAAGUGUUAAAGGUCAGAUAUGAUAACCAGAGGGUCCUGUUUGCUGAGCAGCAUGAACUCAAUAACAUCGCCCCACCCAGGUCCCAGUACCGGAGGACUGAUCCAACGUUGGCAGAGAGCCAGCUGAGUUUAAACAGGAGGGAGAAGGCCAAAGAAGCUGGUGCAAGUACAACGCUGUAGCACCAAGACAUGGGUUUUUGUUAUCCCAACUAACUGUUGCACCAAAAGACACAUGAAACAGCAAAGUAAUGAUGAUGAUGACUGAUUCUGUGUAACAGCUAAGCAUGAAACAUUCAUGAUUCUCUGUUGGAAGUAUCACCAACAAAGUCUGGUUGUACACUGUAGGAUAUUGUUCGUUAAAGAAGAUGACUACUAGUAUUAUUAUGUUUGGAUGUUUGGACCACAGAUGUGAUCAUCUUAUGGCUGUCUGUACCAGGAUAAACAUCCUGGAUAGCACGAAUGGAAUCUUAUGUUGUGUUUGUUAAACUAUUUAUACAUCAAUAUCAAUUUUUCUUCUAAUUAAAUGUGACACCUUGGUGUAAGUUUUGUACGUAACAGCGAAUAGUAUCUUUAACACUGUUAACUGCUUUGCUAAUUAUCUGACAGAGAAAAGGGUUGUUUCUGGUACUCUGUGCAUUCACACUUCUUCUACUAAAGACACCAAAACACCACCAGGAAUCUAAUGAACUGAUGGAAUCUGCCUCACAGACUGAUGGAAGUGUCGAUUUAACUCCUUGCUCCAUUAAAAAUUGACUACAUAUGGAUUUGGACAUUUUCAGGGGUAUUUGCUCAGCAAAUUCUACCGGGUAAGAGAUGGACUUGAUUAGAGUUCCAACGAAGCGCAGCAGAGAAGAAUGGAUAUGGUGAGGCUUAUAUCUGCUAUAUCUGAGAAGAAGGUGAUUCCUCAGCUUGUCUCAUUAAAGGGUAUCAGAAUUCAAAAUGUGUGA